AUGGUGCGAAUAAAGGUCUCACCUCUGCCCUCUAAGAAUCCAUCGCCCGUAGGCGUCCCUGCACAUUGGAACAACAACCCACCAACGUCAUUCAAAAACCCCUGGCCCAGCUUCGCCAAACAGCACGGGUUACUAGACAUGUUCAAGACACGCUUCAGCGAUAACAGAAACUUUGUCCCGGUACCCGCCACCAGAGAUGAGUUGGUAAAGGUCCGCAAACCAGAUUGGGGUAGAGGACUAGUUGGAUAUCAGAAAGAGCUAAAAGCUACUUGGCUGGGUCAUGCUGGGUUUUUGGUAGAGACGGCUUGCUCAGCCUCAACAACAGGCCUGAACGAUUCGGCCGACGAGCAAAUGAGCACCAGAGGUAUUCGAAUUCUAUUCGACGCAGUGUUUAGUGAGAGGACAAGCCCUGUGGGUUGGUUUGGGCCAAAACGGUAUACGCCUACACCUUGCACGCUGGACGAAUUGCCAGAGAUUGAUUUGGUGGUGAUCUCGCACAACCACUAUGACCACUUGGAUAUUGCGACUAUCUCGCAUGUAUACAAGAAGCAAAAGGUAGCGGGCAAGGAUAUACAAUUUUUCGCUGCGCUGGGCAACAAGCAAUGGUUCUUGAAUGCAGGCAUUGGAAUUACCGCAGAAGAGAUUACAGAGUGUGAUUGGUGGGACAGCCAACAAGUCGAUAUCGAAGGCUUGGGCAGUAUCAACCUCACGUGCACGCCUACACAGCACACCUCCGGAAGAACGCCAUUCGAUGCCGGACAAAGUCUGUGGUCUUCCUGGGUUGUGGAAGACGUACAGUCAAACAGGAAACUCUACUUUGCGGGCGACACGGCAUACAAAGCUACGUCUGCAAAGACAGUGUGCCCAGCUUUCAAGCAGAUUGGCGAAGUCUUUGGAGCGGUUGACCUGGCUUUAAUUCCCAUCGGUCUUUAUUCACCAGAAUGGCUGUUAAGCAAUGUUCACUGUUGUCCUGAAGACAGUCUGGAGAUACACAAGGACAUUCGAAGCAAGAAAUCUAUCGGUAUGCAUUAUGGUACAGUACGCGGAGGAAUCAGUGCGCAGUACGAGGAUGUCAGGGAGCCACCCAAGCGCUGGCAGGAGUGUUGUGCAAAGGAGGGCAAAUGGCAGACAGAAUGUUGGUUGUGUGAUGUGGGCGAGACAGUAAUGGCUGCAUGA